CGCCAACACUACUUACAUGCAUUGAAGUAGUAUCCAAUAACAACUGACCAGCCUCAGCACGCGAGCCUUUCAACGUCUACCGGUCGCUCAAUUCUCAUCCCAAGCUCCCUCCCACUCGUUGUGCCGAACACCACAUCUCCCUUCACCAUAGGCCUCAGUAUACUUUACCCCACGAUGGAUAUAGACGAUCUCCUCGCCGAAGUUGCGGUUGACUCGACCCCGCAAGAGACACGCGAUUUACAGGAACUGACUCGGUGCUGGGUUGCGGAAAGGGUUGCGCCUGAGAUCUUGCCGUGGCCGAAGGAUCUCAUGGACAGCGUAUUGGAAAGGAUACAGAGACAGAUUGAGCUGGUCGAAGACCAAACAGGCAAUAUGGAACCAAAGACGAAUUUCAAGUUGAUUAUUAUUCAGACGGAAUUAGAGCGAUUCAAGUUCCUCGUCAGGAGCUUUCUGAGAGCGAGAAUAAAGAAGAUUGACGCGCAUCCGCUCCACAUCAAAACGCAGCACGCAGCUUCGCUCGAUACCUUGUACCCGCUCCUCUCAUCCACCGAACAUCAGUAUCUUACAUCUCAUCAAUCUCUCCUCUCAUCACACUACUCAUCCUCAUUCCUCGGCCAGUUCCCGGCCUCAUUACAGCGGCUAGAUGACACAACUGGUGGGAUCAGUAUGGUCGAUAAGCCGGAGGAGGACAAGGCAGUUUUUGUCCGAGCGUUAAGAGAUGUGGGAGAAGUGUUUGUUGAAGGCACAGAUCGAAAAUUCGAAAUCAAGAGAGGUGACGUGUGGGUUGUGAGGUGGAGUGCGAUCAGACAAUGGGCAGUUGGCACCGGAACUGGAGACGUGGAGUUGAUAUGACGAGACAAGUGAUGUGCCAAUUUUGAACCUGACCUUACAAGUUCCGGCUAGAGGGGUACCAUCACCACGUUGGAGACUGCAAGUACAUAGA